GUCAUCACGUCGCUUGGCGUGACGUUAGGUUCACGCCCCGUCCACUCCUUCCCGGGGCGCGCUUGGUCUCCAGCGGUUGCUAGGCGGCCUUGGAUACCUGGCGGCGGGAUGCUGGGCGGCGUCAGGUGAAGAUGGUGGUCACGGAGCCGCAGGUAACCAUGGACAAAGAGCUUCGAAGUACCAUUCUUUUCAAUGCGUACAAAAAGGAAGUAUUUAGCACCAACAAUGGCUAUAAAUCCAUGCAGAAAAAACUUCGGAGUAAUUGGAAGAUUCAGAGCUUAAAAGAUGAAAUCACAUCUGAGAAGCUAAUUGGGGUGAAACUGUGGAUAACAGCUGGGCCACGGGAAAAAUUUACUGCAGCUGAGUUUGAAGUCCUGAAGAAAUACCUUGAAGGUGGUGGAGAUAUCUUUGUGAUGCUAGGAGAAGGUGGGGAAUCCAGAUUUGACACCAAUAUCAACUUCCUUCUAGAAGAAUAUGGAAUCAUGGUUAAUAAUGACGCUGUGGUUAGAAAUGUAUAUUAUAAAUAUUUCCACCCAAAAGAAGCUCUUGUUUCCAAUGGAGUCUUGAACAGGGAAAUUAGUCGAGCUGCAGGGAAGGCUGUGCCUGGAAUCAUUGAUGAAGAGGGCAAUGGAAACAACGCCCAAGCCCUCACCUUUGUCUAUCCUUUUGGUGCCACAUUGAGUGUCAUGAAGCCAGCGGUGGCUGUACUGUCCACAGGUUCUGUCUGCUUUCCGCUCAAUAGACCCAUUCUGGCUUUCUACCACUCGAAGAACCAAGGCGGGAAGCUGGCAGUGCUUGGCUCAUGUCACAUGUUCAGUGACCAAUAUCUGGAUAAAGAAGAAAACAGCAAAAUCAUGGAUGUUGUUUUCCAGUGGCUCACAACAGAAGACAUCCAUCUAAACCAGAUUGAUGCAGAGGACCCAGAGAUUUCCGACUACAUGAUGCUGCCCGACACGGCCACCCUGUCAGAGCGGCUUCGAGUGUGUCUCCAGGAGGGCGACGAGAACCCACGGGACUUCACCACCCUCUUUGACUUGUCCAUUUACCAGCUGGACACAACCUCCCUCCCCAAAGUCAUCAAGGCUCAUGAACAGCUAAAUGUGAAACAUGAACCUCUCCAGCUUAUCCAACCUCAGUUUGAGACACCUCUGCCAGCCCUUCAGCCAGCGGUUUUCCCUCCCAGUUUCAGGGAGUUACCACCUCCUCCUCUGGAGCUGUUUGACUUAGAUGAAACGUUCUCCUCUGAAAAGGCACGACUUGCCCAGAUUACCAACAAGUGUACUGAAGAAGACCUGGAAUUUUAUGUCAGGAAGUGUGGUGGAAUCCUUGGAGUAACCAGUAAAUUACCAAAGGACCAACAAGAUGCAAAACAUAUCCUUGAGCACAUCUUCUUCCAAGUGGUGGAGUUCAAGAAAUUGAACCAGGAGCAUGACAUUGAUACAAGUGAAGCAGCAUUCCAGAACAACUUCUGAAGACAAUGCCUCCUGAUGUAUUCCAAAACUCCAUUCUGAAUUGUUCUGUAACUCCUUACCAAAACUGUCUACAUAUUAUUUUCUGUAUGAGCUGUGGAAGGUCGAUGCACUUUCCAGUUGUACCCAGAGAGGUAUAUUUCUAAUUCACAAGAUCUUUUUGUAAGAUAUGUUCCAUUUUUUAAAAAAUUAAAUCUGAUUGAAUCUGUAAUUUUAUAAUAUACAA